AUGGCUUUGUCUGCGGAGCUGGUUGCGGAGCUCUCGGCGAAGUUGUCGCAGGUGCAAGAGGACCUUGAAUGGAAUGUGCGCCUCUUCGAGUCCAUGCAGAACAGCUGUGGGCCUAUCGAACCCACACUCAUCAAGGCACUCUCCCUGGCAGGCUCUCAUACCAACUCGGUUCUUCGCUGUUUCCAUUACGAGGUCCUGCACGACGGAGAUGCGUCUGUCUGCCACGAGGGGCGGCUGAGCAUGGAGUUGCUUCGGCGCCACGACCCUGAGUUCGCCAGGGCGGCACGUGAAGGAGUGGUUUGGAAGAUUUUGUCACGACAUGUCGCUGCCCAGCUGCCGCAACUUCUUGGCCUAGUCCAACGGAUGGGGAACGCUACCCUUCACCGUGGGGAGCAUGAGCUCCAGCUCAUGAGGCGUCUACAUCAGACUUGGGUCCAGAUGAGCUCGCAGGGUGUUGUGGACUUCCUGGCCUUGAAGAACAAGGUAACGACAGGGAAGUCCGUGCAUGGCAAGUCCAUGCCGCACCUUUACAGCUUUGUGUUAAAGACCGCGGGGGGCACGGAUCCAUUUUUGCUCAACGAAACAGAGACCUUCGUCAGGCUCCAUUCCCCCAGUACACGUUCGUUGGGGCAUGCGUUCUGGGAGAAGGUCAGUGCCGAUGUCAAGGGUUCGAACCAGUUCCCACGGUUCCGGCAUGCCAUGGUGAAGCUGGCCUACUGCAGAGAAGCAGUGAGCCAAGCAGACUUGAAAAAAAUGAUGAGUAAGGACAUGUUGGGCAGUGUCAGAGAGGCGGAUGGCAUCAUGACCGAGUGGCGCAAAAUCGUGACGUCCAUGGGUGACACGAUUGACACGGCACGCAUGCAUGAGAUCCACAGGGCUCUGAGCUACGGAGACAUGAGCUUGGCUGCAUAUGUGAAGUCAACGGCUGGUCCUGCAAGUUCAUCAAGCCAGCCCGCACGGAAGUCCAUCAUGCGAGAAUUGGCCGCGGAUGGUUCGGUCAAAGACUCUGCAGACCUGCUGAAAGAGGCCGGCUUCGAAGCCGGACAGCACGUCCGUCGCAAGGCCGAUCAGGAGAGUGGGGAGAUCCUGUCGGUGGAGAAAGGCCGAGUUCGAUUGAAGCAGGCAGGCGACGAUGUAGUCAGGGUAUCCAUGGACGGAUUCUUGGCAGGGGAAUGGUCCGUGUUCACCCCAAAACCUGAGCCCCACGUCAUUGAAGACGUUUUCCAGUAUUUCCCCACACAGAGCCCCGAGUACCAGAAGCAAAAGCUGCUGGCAGAGCUUUACCUGGACAUGCACGAGUUGUUUGAGAAGCAUUCCCAGAAUCCGUAUUUGAGCAAACUUCGUCUCUUGCUGAAACCUCGGAAAGCCGUGGAGGUGACUGGCACAAUCCCCAAGCAGAAGCUGUUUCUCUGCCCUGUGUCAGUACAGAUCAAGCACAGCUCCAAACAACCCGAAGAUGCCGUGUUCCAGAUUGGCACACCGAUGGCCGAUUGUUUCUUUUGGGUUCAGCCGUACAUGCAGCUGCCCAAAGCCGAGGGCGAUGCUGCAGGAUUCCUGAAUCCAGCCUUCCUCGUUCAGGGUCUGACAGAUGCGGAGGGCUUGAAUAUGGAGGUGAUCCAUGUGAAAAGCGCGAGGAACAAAGGCGUGCUCCUCCCAUUGCUCCGAAACAUGAAUGCAUUGCACCAGGGCGACACUCUCCUCAUGCACAAGCAGGGCAGGUCUAUCAAUGUGGAGCCGUUGAAGCAGGAUAUCACCCCGCCCAGGACACGGCACAGCACAAAGAGGCCCUUGGAGGAUCCAUGA